AUGAGCUCGACCCUGGGUGUUGGCGGAACGGUGCUGCCUGACGAUGAUCUCCCUGCCGACCAGGUUGAAGAUGCAGAUGAGCCACAGGUGAUCGGUGUCAGUCAUGAGCGAGGCGUCGGCGACGAGGACAAUGGGGCAGACAUCAUUCCCGACCUAGAGGCUGACGAUGUUCUCGAGAAUGCUGUUGGAGCCGUCGAAGCAGAGCAAGAGACUCUCCCAUCCGAGGAGGCGGUAGCCACACUGCAUGACGACCAAGCGUCGAGCAUAGACGAUACAGCAUCUAUUCCAGAUGACACGCCAUCACUCCGAGGAUCCGUCCUCUCCUCACCACCAAGCGAUGCCGCGAGAUCCAUAGCGAGCCCAGCGCGCAACAGCAGUCCUUCCUCCCCUCGUCGGCCAUUCGAUCGCAGAUUCCAGUCGCGCCUCAGCACGAGCUCGCUACUCACCCCUCGGGCUGGGUCGCCAGCGUUCCUCAAUGCCCACUCGCGCCAUUCCUCCGUGGGAAGCUUCGCCCUGCCUCCUCCCUCAGAACCAGACGAGUCAACCGCGCCAUGGGAAGUCAUAAGAUGGAACAAGCUGCGGAAGCUUAGCGGCCAAGCAUUUUCAGAGGUCGGGAAACGAAACUUUGGCAGUCCAACAUGCAUGGCAGUAACAGACACACUUGCUAUAGGCACCUCUCGUGGAAUGAUCCUGGUCUUUGACCACCAGCAGAACAAUAAGGCUGUUAUAGGCGCCGGUACAAAGGCUCUCGAGUGCGGUCCGGUCACGGCCCUCGCAAUCUCUGCUGAUCACACAACGAUCGCCGCAGGUCAUGCUACCGGUCAUAUCCUCACAUGGGAAAUUGCACGCCCUGCUCGACCCUUCCUGCACAUACCGCCGGUCGAUCUUGCGCAGCCUCAGUCCAAGAGAAGUGAUGGUCAUGCAGAGAACAACGACAAAGGCAUGGCCUUUUCACAUUUGGCUACACGUGGCAUGGGAGCCGUUGCACGCUCAGUCAAGACCACCAGGAUCCUCGGCCGCUAUCCUGAGGUGUUAUCACGACCUUCGGCAAAGCCUCUUAAGAAGAGCUCUGUCUUGGCUUUUGGACCAUUACCACUGGGCAAUGUCGAACAGAAGACAGACCCCAUGGGCUUGGUGGCAAUGUUGACGCCAUACCUGCUCGUGAUCGUCUCCACGACACCCAUUGCGCAGACACAGCAUAAGGCUGCACGGCCUAAGGAGGUGGCUGCCCACAGUGCAAUGACUGCAGCCCUAGCUUGGUUUCCGGCCAUCAAGCUCAAGGGCAGCGAGUCGCGUGUCUCAAGGAACAAGCUAGCUUAUGCCUGGUCUAACAUUCUGACCGUUCUCGAAGUGCACGAGGUCGAACCACAGGGCGAGGUUGUGAAGGACAAGCCGCCUGAGUUACAGUUCCUCCCCAGGAAUCGCUACAAAGCGGAGGAAGCAAUUGUGGCCGUCCAAUGGCUCAGCAGGUCAAUUCUUGCGGUUUUAACAAUCACGCAACAGUUGCUGAUUAUCGAAGAUAUCUCGAUGAAUGUCACUGAUGCCUUUGAUCUCCUGCCGAAGAAUAUAUACCACCUCGACCUUUACUCUCAGCAACUCCAAGCGGUGAUCGAGAGUCACGAUGAAGAAGACACCUCAAUGCAUGGUGUCGUAGCAGAUGCUUUCCACAUGAGUGUUCGAGCCUACAAAGGGAGGCUGUUCCUGCUCGGCAGCAGCGAGGUCUGGUGGGGCAGUCUCACCAAUUGGGCAGACCGCUUGCUCGCGCUGAUGAAUGUGGGCGAUUUUAUAGGUGCCAUACGUCUUGCGACGAGGUACUAUUCGGGUCAAGGCGAGAAAGUGACAAUAGGCCUACCAGAAGACAAGACCUCACGUGAGAUGGUUGUUGGCGAGAAGUUGUUCGAGAUGAUGAAUGCUUCACUGAAGUAUGCCUUUGGGAAGAAUCAGCAAGCCGGCACUGAGCAGAUCGAGAAGCCCCAGAUGACCGAACUAGCAGAAGCUGCCAUUACUGCAUGCAUUUCCGCCAACGACGAAGACUUCUUAUUCGACACUGUCUUCUCCUGGUACGACGACCAUGACCAUGGAGGGUUGUUCUUGGACGUACUUGAGCCAUAUAUCUUAGACGGCACCAUUACAUCCAUCCCGCCUCCAGCACUGAAGCUCAUGGUCGACUACUUCCAAACAACACACCCGCCCUCCGAACUGGAGAAGAUCAUCUGCUUACUCGACACUUCAUCCAUGGACAUUGACCAAGUUACAAGUAUGUGCAAGAAGUACAAUCUUUACGAUGCCUACAUCUACGUAUGGAAUAGCGCCCUAGGAGACUUUACGACACCCCUCGAUGAGCUUUUGCAGCUUGCUUCGGAAAGUACGAUCAUGAAUGGAAAUCACUCACAUGUGAGUCCAGCGGAAAAUGCCGCAAAGUUAUUUCCAUACAUGUCGUUCAUCUUGACUGGCAGAACGUACCCAACAGAGUCGAUCAUGAGUGAUCCUCUUCAGCUCGCUGCCAAGUCACAAAUCUACGACUACUUCUUCACAGCUAUCCAGGAGCAAUCACGCCGAAGCUCGUCGGCCAAGGGACGUCUUGAGCCCUACAGCAAGCUUCGACGAGUCUUGAAAUAUGACACACCAAAUUUCAUGAGCGCUCUCAAUGAAGGCUUUGAGGACAAUUUCCUCAACUCUGGCGACGAUGACGUGACCAAUCCAGUCCCGUCUCACAACAAGGCCGCGCAGAAGGCAACGUACAACCGGCAAUUCAUCGUCCUAGUCAUGCUCGAGGUGAUGGCCGUGGGCUUUGAUGCAGAAGACACAAUCUACCUGGAUAUGUUCGUUGCGAGAAACCUCCCGAAGUACCCGCAGUACAUGCUCCUCUCCGGGACAGCAUUACAGGACAUCUUCGCUCGGUUAUGCCACUACCCAGACAGUGAUCUUAGGGAGGAAUGCCAGCUCAGUGUGGAAUACCUUCUUUCUGUCUACCAUCCGUCGAGCAUGAAAACAGUCAUAGCUCUUCUCCACGAAGCACAAUUCUACCGUGUGCUCAAGACAGUCUACCGCCAAGAGGAGGCCUUUGAAGAUGUUGUUCGCAUGUAUUUCGCAGAUGAGGACGACCGCGAGGACGUCUUCAGCGUCAUUCGAGAGUUUCUUGACCCAGCUUCGCAAGCACCGGACGUUCAGAAACGAGCGAUUCUUGAGCUAGUGCAGUCUCACGCGGCAGAUCUAAUUGAUCUGGACAUCCGUCAGUGCGCUGCGACUAUCGAGCGUGUCGCCAGAGAACUGCAUCCUCGAUUUCUGUCAGUCCUCGAUGGAGACGAGCACAGCCAGUAUCAGUAUCUCAAUGCCCUCUUCGGUGUUGAUUCGCGUGUCAAUGCUAUCGAUUCAAGUCGUGGGAGCGAUACGUCGCUUCUCGAAUCUUACAUACGGUUGAUGUGUCAAUUUGACCCAGACAAGGUGUCCAAUUUUGUCGAGAGUCUGAGACAGGGCGACCUCCGGCUUGAGGAGUUCUGCCAGCUAUGGAAUACGGCGGAGUUGUCGACGCUGCCGUCAUGCUUGAAGCACAAGCCGGACGAGUCCAGGAGGCCAUGCAGCGACUCACUAGACAUCUGGCCUACCUAG